AUGUCGCGUUGUUGCAUCUCCGCUCUCACCCCUUCUCUCUUUCCCUGCGCCAUCUCCCAACUCCUUCCGUCCGGCCUCUUAUUCCGUCCCCGCUUCCCCUCGCUCCACCCUUGUGUUUUGCGCCGCCGUUCUCGUCGUGGGUGCGGCGCGGCGUUCGGUGGGCGACGCGGGCAGCUGAGGGCGGUGAUGCACGUGGAGGCCAGUUUCUCCAGGGAGCGCGGCCUCGCUGACGUGGCGCAUCGCUUCCAGGCCACGCGGCUCUACAUCGGCCAGGUCAAAAGGUCGGUGCUCUGGUCCCGCCUCUCCGCGCUCUCUCUCGCGCCUCACUCCGCCCACCACCCGUCUCCCCCCACGCUCCUCUCCGCUCUCCCGCCCGCGUGCCUGCUCAUCGAAGCGCGGGGCACCCGCCGUCUCUCCACGCACUCUCACCCCCUUUCCGCCUCCGCUACCCCGAACGCCCUCCCGGAGUCGCGCUCGCUGCCCCAAGGCGGGCUCUCCGCGCGCUCGUCGCGGGCCGCGGGGUCGUUUCUGGACGGCGCGCGGCGCGUUGUGGGGCGGCGGUCUGCGGGCGCGGAAGCAGCAAUCGUUGGGGAAGGCGUGGAGUGGGGCGUGGUCGGGGGCGUGGCAGCACGGCAGGGGGGCGUUGAGCGGGGUUUUGGAGGCGCAACAGGGGGGAAUGGGGGCAGCGCGAGGUGGUAG